GGAAAGGGGAAGGAGAAGAGGAAGGGGAAGGGAGAGAGGGAAAUAGAAAAGGCCAAGAUUCCAUUUACUCUCGUGCCUCACUCCACUUCCUCUAUGCCUGACAAACCUGACGUGGCUGAGAUCAAGAAAUUCAGUAAGUUGAAAUUGAAGAAUACAGAAACGCAAGAGAAAAAUCUGCUGCCUUCUAAAGAAACGACAAAAUAGAAACAAGCAGGCAAAUUGCAAUGAGGCAAGCACGCCAACGUGCGGUAUGCAUUCCACAGGUAUUGCCUUCGUAUUUUACUUUGCUUAGCUGUUUAACUUUGUACAAUGCAAAGAGGCUAGAUCAAGCUUAA